UCCUGAGGAAAUAAAUAUAUUAGAUGCUGUCCAUUGCCACAAGCAACUGCUUGCCCUGCUACUUCCCCGAGCUGCAACCCUCUUCGCACAACUUCCGACUUACAUGUACGGCCGCCUCAACUCAAUCUCAAAACCACUCUUCGACCUCGAGGCUGGAUCGCCUUUCAAUCCUGCGAGUCCUCGAUCUGUGUCUCCUACUUUGGCAGCCAAAGAUCCGUUUCAUCGUCGACUUUUCUCCAAAUUUUCCGCUGACAUCAAUCCUUCUUCUGUCGACCUCGUAUCCAUCUACAUGUGCUUUCUGACUGGCUUAACCGCCUCACCGUCCUUUGCGGCAUGUUUUGUGUGGUGCGGGUUUCAGACCGGUAAUGCAGCCCAAUUAGGACUGGCCAUCGCCAAAAUAUUCACACCUGAUGAACACAAGACUUUUGGAUUCCAGAAAAUGGAUCAACAAGCCUUGACGAGUUUGUUGACGUUUCUUAUGGGCGCCGUUGUUGGUCAGCUUGGCAACAUGGUAGGAGGAAGAAAGCGGAUAUGGCUUUUAGGGGCGACGCUGGGACAGAUGCUUCUCAUGAUGGCGGCGGCAUUGGCGGCUCACUUUUGCGGCGAGUCAGGUUUAUCAAAAAGCUCCAGAGGGGAUCCGUCUUGGGUCACUCCUACAGGGAUGGCUGCAUUGGGGUUUCUAUCAGCAGCAAUGGGGCUUCAAGGUGCAGUGGGAACAGCAUGUCAGAAAUUGGGGACACCUCUUGGCACCACUGUGCCCCUAACUAGCACUUGGAUUGAUCUCUUCAAUGACCCGUUUUUGUUCUCCAUCAAACAUAUUCGUACUAGGGACGUGCGCUCUCUCGGUUGCUUCGCCUUAAUCCUCGGUGCUAUCAUCUCACGAGCAAUUCUAGGGGCCAUAGGCCAGGCGCUGACAAUCGCCGUUGUGAUCGGAUUCCGUGCAGUUUUGGCCGUGUGGUGGUUCUGGCUGCCCGAUGCUCCAUUAAGCGAGGAGGUGAUACAAGAGGCGGCUAAGACAUAAAGCAUAGAGCAUAGGUAUGGAUUUCGACAGGUAUAUGGUCGUGUUGUGGGGGACCUUCUGACCCUUUACUUCCAUAAACGAUAUUGAUCUAGACAUUAGAAAUUGGACAUAGGGCUGGAU